AGUUAAUGAAUGGGAUUUGCAUCUGCUCGCGAGAGUCGCGUGUACUGGGUUGUGUCUUAAACAAGUAUUUUUUCCAAAAGGGAAUUCAUUUAAAACAUUAAAUCCGACAAUAGUUAAAUAUUCCGACGUUUGUGAAUAGAGGUUAUUACUAGGACAUACAAUACAUUGGCUUCUCGGGAGGAUCUAGGCCUAUGUAAUAACAAGCCUUAUUUAAACUGGCAAGACAGCUUAUAAAGAAAGGAAAUCUUUGGUUCUGCGAUUAGCCCAAUGUCUAUCAGUGUCCAGUAAUUCCUAACUGACUACACUUUGGGUAUGACCUCUGUGUUCGAGACAACCUCAUCUCAGGGACAUAUAUUAAAUGGUGAACAGUUUUCCUUUUCCUCCGCCAGAGGUCCAAGUCCCAAAAACAGAUUCCAGGAUAAAGGAUACUACCUCAAUAUUCCAAAGUUUGUCCGAGAAAAAGAUGAUGCAGAGUCGGUGAAUUUGAUCGAACAUCCGGAUAAAUCAUUGUCAAAAGUUAGCUGUGGUGAUUUCUUCUACAAAAACUCCUUUAUGACACAAAAUUCGGAAAAGAACUCUGACAGUGCUGCCAACGGCCUGGACAUGGUGAAAAGUGACCCAGUGAUUACAGAAACUUCCCAACUUCUGCGAGGUAUACUUCAGCACAAGGACAAGCAUCUGACCGACAAGAUGGGUGACAAUAAUAACGUCAAGAGUGACAAGCUUUCAGAUGACCAGAAUCUAAAUGAGCAAACUCCACUCGUUAAAAGCAUGGAGGAAGAAUACAGAGAAGAGAUGGAUCGUAGGUCUUUAAACUCUGCAGAUUUAUCUGGUGAGGAGAGUGACUUUAGCAUGUCUGGGGACAGGAAAUCCAAUGGAGGGGAGGAUAGCUAUGAUAUGGAUAAUUGUGAUGAAAAUGAUAUAUUUGUCACAGAAAACAGCAAUGCUGCAAAGCGUGCACGCGUUGAGAACAUUUUGUCUAACAUGCGACAAUCACCCACACCCUCAGAUAAUAACAGUGCAAACAAUUUGGAAGUCCGUCGACAGAAGCGUAAGCAAUACCAGCCGAAAUGGCUGGAACAUUCCGAAGGAAAACAUAGAAAACUUGAGAAGAUGGCACUGCAGCAUCAACUUUUACAGCUUCAAGAACAAUUACAACAUGUACAGAAAAGAUACAUGGACCUUUACACUGAGGAACACACUCCAGUUGAGGAGGGUGACAUGAAUGGGUCAGAUGAAAGAUAUGUUAAUCACGACAACAGGAAAGACAACUGUACGAAACCUUUUACCAAAAGUAAUUAUUUAACAUCGUCACCACCGAAUUUACAUAAAACGGCAACAGAUAAUGACAAGAAGGAUUCGAUGGUUGCUGGAGUUGACGAGCCCAGGGAGGGCGCGAAGCCAACUGAGAAUGGUCCUCUGCAACAGGUGGACAUCCACAAUUUCUCCAACAUGCUGAAGACACAGCUUGUUGAUGUUGUAAGUACCACAGUAGACACAGUGUUGGAUAAAUACAUGAAGGAGGGAUCUACCAAGACUGUCGAAAAACCAAAAGAAAAGGAACAAAAGAAAAAGCAAGCAAGUAGCAGUAGUAGUGUUAGUUUUGGCAGCGGUGCUGUCAAAACUGUGAAAGAAAAAACAGAAAUAAAGGCAUACGAAAGGCCAUUAUUUGGAAUGCGGAGUUCUCCAGUCCGUGAACCAUUCCAUGAUCAUAUUGGGAACAUUGCUCGUGUUCUGGAGAACAACACCUCCAGUGCCUUUGAAACUCCUCGAGGACUUACACCAGACCUCCUACGAGGCCCUUCACAUCACCCUCUGCCUUUCCCUCUUCCUCCAUUUUCGUAUUUCCCUCCCACAAUGCUUCAUACUCCAGCCAUUUACUCCUCAACACCUUUGGGAGUCGAGCCUGAGCAGACAGAAGCCCUGCCCUUGGUGGUCAACCAGACACCUAAAAAGAAGCGCACGAAGGUGACGGACACUCGUCUGUCCCCCCGCGCCGCACGUGCCUUGCUGGGCCAAGAUCCUAUGGUGCUGAGCCAUGUGGGAGAUAGCGAUAACCAUCAUCAGCACCCAGCAUCUUCGGCUUACCAGGCCCUGAUUCCUCCAGUUCUACCGACCAGUGUGGCUAUCCCAAAUCCAGGUCUCCAACAUUCCAACAUUUUCGACUUCUACGGACGAGAGUAUGGCUUCUCAGAUAUGAGGUCAUCCAACCACUCGCCCCUGCAUGCCGACCAUCCGUCUCCAAGCACUAUCCACUCUUGCUCACCUUCGGACAGCUUUCAGAUGAAGUCUGAAGGGUUGGACAGUAACUCCGACUGCUUCGACAACAACCAUGUACAUAUGACCAGUACUCUAACACCAAUGCACCUGAGGAAAGCGAAACUGAUGUUUUUUUAUGUCCGCUACCCGAGCUCUGCCAUUCUCAAGAUAUACUUUCCUGACGUCAAGUUCAACAAGAACAACACCGCACAGCUCGUCAAGUGGUUCAGCAACUUCAGGGAAUUUUUCUACAUUCAAAUGGAGAAAUAUGCCCGGCAAUCCAUGGGAGAAGGAUGCAAACACCCUGACGACCUCAACGUGACGACAGACUCCGAACUGUACCGUGUCCUUAACCUCCACUAUAACCGCAACAACCAAAUUGAGGUACCGGAGAGUUUCCGUUUGGUGGUACAAGCCACACUCCGUGAGUUCUACAAAUCCAUAGUGGCCAAUAAAGACAAUGAACCCUCCUGGAAGAAAUCGAUCUACAAAGUUAUUGCACGACUAGAUGACACCCUCCCUGAAUACUUCAAAUCUCCAAACUGGAUGGACCAACUAGGGGACAUGUAAACACUGGUUGUCAUGGCAACAAAGUUUGUUGUCAUGUGAUCACUGGUUGUCAUGACAAAUGAAUAAUGGUGAACAUUUGACCUCUAUUAUAUAGCAACAAACCUUGAUCAUGUGAUCAUUAACUGUUAAUUGUGGCAACAGAUUUGCCAUGGUAACCAUGCACUCAAGGUCAUCCAUGAACUCAAGGUCAUACAGUUUGUGGUUAAAAUGGAGACUAAUCAAGAUCAUGUGAUCAUUUUUUGGUUGUCAAGGCAACAGUUGGAAUCGUUGUCAUUGUCGCCCUUUCUCAUUACACAUGGAAACGGUUGUGAUAGAUGUGUGUCUACAGACCAGUUUGUCCGUCAUACCUUCCUUAAAAAAAAAUCAAGGUGAUGUUGUUUGUGUGUUACAAAACUGAAAAAAAAGGAAUCUGAAAAAAAAUUCUUUAUACACAUUUCAUCAUUUCAAUAUAGAACCCCUUUUUUAUUUCUAAUUAUGAUUUUACCAGAAAAAUACAUUUCUCAUAAGAAUGAUAAAUUUCUGGUAAAAAAAAUUCUGGGGAAAAAAUGGUUUCAAGCAAAAUAAUUAUCUUGGCUAAUUGGAUAAGCAAGUACAGCUAAAAUAUUGCUAUGGACAUAUGUGGCUGAAAUCGAUGAUGUGAAACUGUUUAAUCUUUGUUAUUUCUUUGUUUGUAUAUAAACAUAAUCCGUUUUACAUAAACAAAUCAGAGAGGCACAUUUUGGUGACCUGCUAAGGAUCAAAGUAGGAAUAUGGUUUUGAGAUUUUAUUGAAAUUUAAUUAUCAGCAUUGAGUCAGGGGUGUAUGUGUGAAUUAUUUUAUGCUAGUGCAUGUAUUUGCUUUCAUUUUACAUAUAUAGCAACAUUACUGAUUUCUGCAAAUAAUAUUGUGAAUUUGUUUGCAGGGUUCUUUUUACUGUAUUUUGAUUUUAUAGGUAAACUGUAUCUAUAAAAACUUAUAUAAAUGAACCGUAAUUUAAAAAUAGUGUUCAUUUUUAAUGUCUUAGAUAAAUUUCAUUCCCAUUACCCAAUAUAGUUAUUAUGAAGUUUGUUUCAAUUUCUAAAUGUUUUGAGUAAUGAGCUCCUAUGACAGAAUUGGAAAAUGAUAGAUUUAUGCAAUGUUCACCAGAAGACAAUACAAAGUUGUAAGAAACUAUAGAUUUUGAGAAUAAGUUAAGAUUUUUAUGAACAUAUAAUAAGGAUGUACACAAUAUUAUUGAUAUAGAUAUUUGGGAUAGAUAGAAUAUAUGAUAAGAAUGAUGUUAUUAAUUCUAUCAAGAGUUUAUAGAUUAUGAGAUGCUACACAAUGAGGCGUGGUUAUGUGUGCGUGUGUUGUUUGGAGCAUCUAGGAUCAACCCUUUGCCAGAAGAUGUUUUUUUUUUUUUUUUU